GCAGAAGAUUGCGUGGUCCAAGCAGAAAAAAGAAAAGACCAGAUCGUUGUGAGACCUGAAGAUGGGGCGAAUGUACGGGAAGAGCAAGGGCAUCAGCAAGUCGGCGCUUCCGUAUCGCCGUCGUGCACCGAGCUGGCAGAAGAUGAAGCCAGAGGAGCUCACCGACCAAGUGUGCAAGCUCGCCAAGAAGGGCCAGACGCCGUCGCAAAUCGGUGUUUUCUUGAGGGACAGCAAGGGCAUCCCGCAGGUUAAGGCCAUCAGCGGCAACAAGAUCCUCCGAAUCCUCAAGAUGAACGGUAGGGGGAGCAGGGGGGAAGAAGGGAGGACGGGAGGCAAGCAGGGAGGGAGCGAGGCACGCUCCACUGAGUCCUUGUGUGGUGCGUCAGGUCUGGCUCCCGAGCUGCCCGAGGAUCUGUACCACAUGAUCAAGAAGGCUGUGGCGAUGCGCAAGCACAUUGAGCGCAACAGGAGCGACAACGACAGCAAAUUCCGCCUCAUCCUCGUCGAGUCCCGCAUCCACCGCCUGGCGAGGUACUACAAGCGCGUCAAGCAACUCCCGCCCAACUGGAAAUAGUAAGGCACCAAGUGCAUACACAAGACAGCGCCUGAUGUGCACUGCUUCUGUGCAGCUCAUCGUCAACUGCCUCUGCAAUGGUGGCGUGAGCCAUGGAGGGUGGAUGCGUCGUGGCUCGGUGCGGCUGAAGCGGAGAAUUUCCAAGCCUACAGGAUGUGUGCGAGGACAGGGAAUAAUGAGGGGUAUAUGUGAUGGACAGUGCAUGACGUGAAUGCUGUUAAGUCGCACAGGACCAUCACAUCGUCAUUUGACAACCAAACAUCGUCGUUCAUCAACGAACGGAC